AUGGGCUUAGAAGAUAUUGGUUUCAAUAAUCCUAUAUAUCAAGAUUUCGUUGGUAUCGUACCAGGACUAUUCGAUGAUAUUGAGAAUUUUGAGUUACAGGACUUGGGUGACGAAGAUUUAUUUGGUGAACUGGAUGAACUAGAAAUGGAAAAUCAGCUCUUUUUCGGAAUGGACGAGAACGAGGAUGAGGAGAAUACUGCAGAUGAAAGUGCUAAUAACGAGCCAGAAAUAGUAAAUCUGCUGAUUGAAUCAGAAUUGAUGGAGGUUGUCGAAGAAGGAGAACAAGAGGAACAGAUUAAUCAAGAGGAACAGGUGAUUCAAGAAGAACAGGUGAUUCAGGAGGAACAGGUAAUUCAAGAAGAACAGGUAAUUCAAGAGGAACAGGUGAUUCAAGAGGAAUAUGUGAUUCAAGAGGAAGGGGUGCCUAAAGAGGAACAGGUGAUUCAAGAAGAACAGGUGAUUCAGGAGGAACAGGUAAUUCAAGAAGAACAGGUAAUUCAAGAGGAACAGGUGAUUCAAGAGGAAUAUGUGAUUCAAGAGGAAGGGUUGCCUCAAGAGGAACAGGUUAUUCAAGAAGAACAGGUGAUUCAGGAGGAACAGGUAAUUCAAGAAGAACGGGUAAUUCAAGAGGAACAGGUGAUUCAAGAGGAACAUGUGAUUCAAGAGGAAGGGGUCCCUCAAGAGCAACAAGUGAUUCAAGAGGAACAGGCGAUUCAAGAAGAACAGGUGAUUCAGGAGGAACAGGUAAUUCAAGAAGAACAGGUAAUUCAAGAGGAACAGGUGAUUCAAGAGGAACAUGUGAUUCAAGAGGAAGGGGUGCCUCAAGAGGAACAGGUGAUUCAAGAUGAACCAAAUGUGCCAAACGAGCCACAAUUAAUGGACGCUGCGCAACGAGAAGAAAACGAAGAAGAGGAUUUCCCAGUAAUAGAAUUGGAAGAAGAAGAUCGCAGAAGAGGGUAA